UGCUCAAGAUGAAAAACUGCUAGUAUGGGCAUCUGGCUAGUAAAAUGGGUUCGGAGUACCUUGCAGAACUGCUGUCAAAGCACUUGGAACAAUUUAUUAAGGCAAGAAUACCAAGUAUCACAUCACUUAUCAAUAAAAGCAUAGAUGAACUUGAAUCGGAACUGGACCACCUUGGAAGGCCUAUUGCUGUUGAUGCAGGCGCUCAACUGUAUACUAUUUUGGAACUUUGCCGUGCUUUUGAUAAGAUAUUUAAGGAGCAUCUAGAUGGAGGUCGACCUGGUGGUGAUCGAAUUUAUGGAGUGUUUGACAACCAACUACCUGCUGCUUUGAGAAAACUCCCGUUUGACCGAUAUCUCUCUGUGCAAAAUGUGAGGAAUGUUGUUUCAGAGGCAGAUGGUUACCAGCCUCACUUGAUAGCACCUGAGCAAGGUUAUAGACGUCUAAUUGAAGGGGCCUUAAAUUAUUUUAGAGGCCCAGCUGAAGCCUCUGUUGAUGCUGUAAGUAAGGGGGGAAAGCCAGAAGCUUCUGCUGCCGUAGACCGGUAUGGAGAGGGUCACUUUCGUCGGAUAGGUUCAAAUGUAUCAUCAUAUGUAAAUAUGGUGUCUGAUACAUUGAGGAACACACUCCCCAAAGCAGUGGUUUAUUGUCAAGUUAAGGAGGCCAAACAAUCUUUGUUGAACUACUUCUACACUCAGAUUGGGAAGAAAGAGGGCAAGGCACUUUCAGAAUUGUUAGAUGAAGAUCCUGCAUUGAUGGAGAGAAGAAUGCAAUGUGCCAAGAGGCUUGAACUGUACAAGAAAGCAAGAGAUGAGAUUGAUUCUGUAGCGUGGGUACGAUGAUUGCACUUUAAGAGACACCUUUCUUCUACGAUACAACAAAUUCACGACUUGGAUGAAUCAAUAUCGCUGCUUGUUCGAACAUUUUAACAGCCUAAAUUCUUUGAUUGUUGUAGUCAUAUUAUUUGGUUUGGAUGAAUUGUUGCUUUAUUAUGUAUUUGUGAACUGAGUUAAUACCACAUUCAGUUGUCCUUUUGCUCA